AAAAAAAUUAAAAAGCCUUGUUACUAUAUAAGCAUUCAAAGUUGAAACAGAUUUGUAUAUAUAAGUAAGGCAGCAGUGUUGGGCGUCAUUCAGUUUUACCACCGACGCGAUGAAAUACGGAGAAAUAAGCCAUCUGAGCCAUCCUCAGCACAAGCUAAGGUUUGAAUACGCAGAAGCACCAUUCAAGUGUGAUGGGUGCAAAGAAGCCGGCAUAGGCUCACGUUACAAAUGUAACGUCUGUGAUUUUGAUCUACACAUGCACUGUGCCCUUCCUUCUCCUUCCAUCUCCCACCCCUUCUACACCAAAUGUUCCUUCCAGUUCCUCCCUCGACCCCCCGGCGACAUGCCACGAUUCUGUAAUGCAUGCGAGAAGGACGUCAACGGAUUCGUCUAUCACUGCAAGUCCUGCGGCUUCGAUCUCCACCCCACCUGUGCAAACCUCCCACGAGUGAUCGAGGAUGGAGAGGUGAAGCUCUACUUGUACAGGAAGCUCAGCUCUGCGUGCCACAAGUGUGGGAGGAAGGGGCGCAGCUGGAGCUACCGCUCAAGUUGCAAGAAGUAUAACCUGCAUGUGGCCUGUGCCAAGGAGAUACUACUGGAGAGCUGGCACGACAUUUAUUUUGGGCGAGGAAACAGCAACAAGAAGUUACAGACUAGAAUUCCUAGCCUGAAAGCAACAUUUCACAACCAUCACCUUACUAGGGGCGGUAAGGUGAAGAAGUGUUGUGAGAUGGCUGGGAUGGGCAUUCAGUUCAUUAUCUCUGCUAUUCUUGGUGAUCCUACCUCUCUUAUUGCUGGAGUUAUUGGAUCGUUAAUGUCAAAAUCAUGACUCCUCCGUGCCGGCGACCGGUGGUUUGCUCACAAUUCACAAUAUAUCAUAUAUCCCCUGUAAAUUAUCAUGUAGUACUAAUUAAAAGGGUCAAUGGGGCCUCACAGAAAAGGUCUUGCAUGGAAAGUUUGUAAUGGACCUCCUUUAAUCUAGAAUAUUUCUAAUUAAUAAACUUUGUCCUUUAAGGUGUAGUAGUAGUAGUAGUAUUGUGCUG